AGAACAGCAACGUCACUGACCUUUGAAGAUUAAUACUUGUUGACAAACAGAACACCAACGUCACUUAUCUGUAAUUAUUUCGGUUACAGAAAGGAUGACGUCACCAAACACCUGUUCCGUGUCGGCAGUGCCUUUCAUCUGUUGCCACAGUAACGUCCCAGCACAAUAAAAGCUAAAAAGAUCUCUGAGACAGACAGAAGCCAUUCUACUUAUAUUUACAAAAACAGGAAGCACAGUCCCCUUUCAAAAUAAGUCUCCCAAUAACUGCACAGCUUACCAGUAGGACACAGAGCUUCCCUUAGGUUAUGCCGCCUUGCAUCAAAAAAGCUUACACCACUUUAGCAAACUAAACUCAUGAAUUCCUUCAAUGUCAACAAUCUUUCAGAAAUCACACAGACCCACAAAUCCUUCAGUCCCCGUCUGGACCAAGUACCUUCUCCUCUAAACAACAAACAGGGGAAAAAUAAAUUAUUCUCUGCUGACAGUUAGCCACUUUUUCUUGGAGGACCACUCCCAGUAAAUCUGUGGUUUGUCUUAUAGGCAGUUUGAGUGACAAUAAUAUAAUAAUAUCCUGUAGCUGAUGGGGUCCAAGCUGCUUUAUUUCCACAUUUCUCUUGUAGAGUCAAGGUUUAAACCUGUGCCACAGUUAAAAAUCUGCCUCGUUCACCUUUAAAGUUAGCCAGCAUUACUAAAAGUUUCUGUCUCUUGUGUUUGGUGGAGCUUCAUCUUAUCAGUUUUAUUGUCUGUUGUUAGCUCAUUACAGUGACUGAAAACUCAAACUUUAAAGGGAUAUUCCAGUGUAAAAUUAAUUUAUGGUCAAACCCACCAUAACACCGAGUUAGACACCCCCCCUCCAGAGAUGAAUGUUGUCGACCGCUUGCUUCUCUAGUUAUACCAACUUUAGUAACAACCGCAGGAUAGAAAUACAGAGAGCCACGCGCUCAACCAAAACGCCACUCUAUAGCCACAAAUAAUGCUCAGAACAGCACCUAACUUCAUCAACAGGACAAAGUUUGGCUCCAACAAAGAUGCCAAGCUUAUCUUGAUGUGUCUUUCUGUACUUUGGUGUUUCUGCAGAUGUCCAGCAGCUGUCAGUGAUUAAAGAGGAACCUCUUGAGCUCCAGGAGUGGAGCCCUGAUCUAAACCAAAAGGACACCGAGCACAUGCACAUUAAGGAGGAGGAACUCUGGAGCAGUCAGGAGGGAGAGCAGCUUCAAGGGUUUGAGGAGGCUGAGGCCACCAUGUUCCCAUUCACUGUUGUCAUUGUGAAGAGUGAAGAGGAUGAAGAAAAACCUCAGCCUCCACAGCUUCACCCAAAACCAAUUCAAAAGAUGGAAACAGGAGAUGAUGGAGAAAUCUGUGGAGUUUCAGAACCAGCUGGAAACUCAUAUCCUGUGAGUGAUAACAGGUCAGAAGACUCCUCUGAGACUGAGGAUGAUGAUGAUUGGAAGGAGACCAGAGAGGAUCAGUCAGGAUUAAACUCUGGGAAAUUAAUGAAAAGAAGAGGACAGAAAACUGUCAAGAAAUCUCACAGCUGCUCUGAGUGUGGUAAAAGAUUUAACGCUCCAGGGGCUCUCAUCAGACACAUGUUGGUUCACACAAUGGAGAAACCUUUCAGCUGCUCUGAGUGUGGUAAAAGAUUCAAAUCUCAAGAGGCUCUCAGUAGACACAUGUUAGUUCACAAAGAGGAGAAACCUUUCAGCUGCUCUGAAUGCGAUAAAUCGUUUUCAAAAAAACUGUAUCUGACCAGACACAAAAUAGUUCACACAGAGAGGAAACCUUUCAGCUGCUCUGAGUGUAGUAAACAAUUCAAUUAUCAACCGGCUCUGAAACUACACAUGGUAGUUCACACAGGAGAGAAACCUUUCAGCUGCUCCAAGUGUGGUAGAAGAUUUUUACAAAAACACCAUCUGACCAGACACAUGUUAGUUCACACAGUGGAAAAACCUUUCAGCUGCUCUGAGUGUGAUAAAAAAUAUUUUGAAAAAAGGUCUCUCAGCAGACACAUGUUAGUUCACACAGUGGAAAAACCUUUCAGCUGCUCUGAGUGCGGUAAGAGAUUCAAAUCUCAGUGGAAUCUUAAAGGACACAUGGUAGUUCACAGAAAGGAGAAACUGUACAGUUGCCCUAUGUGUGGUAAAAGAUUCAACCACCAAAGGUAUCUGAAGGGACACAUGUUAGUUCACACAGGAGAGAAACCGUACAGUUGCCCUAUGUGUGGUAAAAGAUUCAACCGUCAAACGAAUCUGAAGGGACACAUGUUAGUUCACACAGGAGAAAAACCAUUUAGCUGCUCUGAGUGUGACAAAAAAUAUUUUGAAAAAAGGUCUCUCAGCAGACACAUGUUAAUUCACACAGGGGAGAAACCAUUUAGCUGCUCUGAGUGUGAUAAAAAAUAUUCUGAUAAAAGGUCUCUGGCCAAACACAUGUUUGUUCACACGGGGGAGGAACCUUUCAGCUGCUCUGAGUGCUGUAAAAGAUUCAGAUCUCAUAAUGCUCUCAACAGACACAUGUUAGUUCACACAGGUGAGAAACCUCUCAGCUGCUCUGAGUGCGGUAAAAGUUUUUCACAAAAACAGCAUCUGGCCAGACACAUGUUAGUUCACACAGGGAAGAGACUCUUCGCUUGUUCUGAUUGUGAUAAAAGAUUUAUACAAAAAGUUGAUCUGACAUGUCACCUGGCAAAUCACAGAGGAGAGAAACCUUUUAGUUGCUCUGAAUGUGGUAAAAAAUUUAGCAAAAAAUUUAACUUGAAAGCUCACAUGGUGUUUCACAGAGGGAAGAAGCCCUUCAGCUGCUCUGAGUGUGGUAAUGAAUAUUAUGAUCAAAGAUCUUUGACCAGACAUGUGCUAGUUCACACAGGAGAGAGACCGUAUGUCUGCUCUGAAUGCAGUAAAGGUUUUAGACAACAAGCUCAUCUGACCUCACACCUGCUCAUCCACAGUGGAGAGAAACCCUUCAGCUGCUCUGAGUGCGGUAAAAGGUUUUACCGCAACACACAUCUGAAUUCACACAUGUCCAUGCACAGUGGAGAGAAACCUUUCAGCUGCUCUGAGUGUGGUAAAAAAUUUAGCCAUAAAUAUCAGCUGACAGCUCACAUGGUGUAUCACAGAGGACAGAAACCCUUCAGCUGCUCUGAGUGCAGUAAAAGGUUUUACUGUGAAAUGCAACUGACCUCACACAUGUUAGUUCACGCAGGGGAGAAACCUUUCAGCUGCUCUGAUUGUGGUAAAAGAUUUUCACGAAAACAGCAUCUGAUCAGACACAUGUUAAUUCACACAAGGGAGAAACCUUUCAGCUGCUCUUAGUGUGGUAACAAAUAUUGUGAUAGAAGAUAUCUGACCUCACACAUGUUAGUUCACACAGGGAGGAUAAAGAAAACUGUUUAGCUGCAGCGUCUGAGAACAAAAAUUCUCUCAGUCUCAGGAUUAUUUAAAGACUUCAGCGCUUCAUCAAAACUAAUCAGGGGAGAAGGAGGAUGAAGAAACAGGAGCUGAUGGAAGGAUGGAGAACCUGAACAAGUCAGAAAAUGAGGAUUACAACAAGAGACUGUGGAGGAGACUCUUCCAACCCUGAGUCUGAGGACCGGGAUGAUUGGACCUGGACCAGAGACCACAAACAAAUUCACAAAGAAUGGACUGGGGCUGAGAAUGGCAUCAAGAAUUAUUCAUCAUUUCUGACCGUCCAGAACUGCUGAGAGUAACAUCAGUGGUUGUGCAAGGCUCAUUGUAAGAGACUUCAUGUAAAGAUGCAUCAUUUCCAUGUCUUUUCAGAGGUGGUCUUGUUGGUAUGAUCAUUGAACAGUUGGACCACAUAUAUGUAAAGUUACACUUGAAGGGUUUUUAUCUGGCUUGGAUGUUUGAUGUUGUUUAGGUACCUGAUUAAAGCAUCACUUUAUCCAAUCCUCAUGCUGUUCAGUUCCACUUUCUUCUUCUCUGACAACAACACAGUUCUAUCAUCGCCUCUUUGACACCAUCAACAUGACAUGAAUCCAACAUGUCAUGGUUAGUUUACCACCACACCCAGAUUAUAAUCCAACUUCCUCAAAUAUCCUUUGUACUCUGUUUUAUGUCUUUAUAAGAUUUUUAUUCCACCCACAAUUUUAAUAUUAAAUCAUUUCCAGUUUUCAAAGUGUACCAGCAACAGAAAUGACUUAUUUCAGUCUUUGACAAGGUCAAAGCAGAAAAACGAUUUAAUUGAAGGUCUAUCAGGAAAGACAGCUGGCAAAUUAACACGACUAAAAUCUAAUUUUUUAACGACACUGAAUUAGUUUAAAAAAUGAUCUUUUUUAAAACUACUCUUUUAUUUUCUGCCCUAAACUCCUGUUCCAAAUCCCAGUCCAGUAGGUGGCGGUAAUGCAACUCCAUGGAUGCUGGCUGCCGUAAAACACCAAAGAGGAAGCGGAAGAAUCAUGUCCGGAGCACGGAGGGACUCUCCCGAGGAGUCAUUAGCAGGAUAACCCGAGUUAAGGCGUCCAUCUGCAGUUGUCUUGUCUCUGUUUGACUCUUGGGUCGGUAGAAAAUGUCCAGGUUUCAGGAUCUUGAAGAUUUCUUCAGCCGGCGGCUGCUCGCUGCUGUUAACGGAGACCUCUCAGGACGAUCAGCAACAUCUGUGUAUGAAGAGGAGCUCCAACGGCAAAGAAAACUGCUGAGUGUGAUUUUAAUGCCUGAAAUCAAACUGAAGAGAGCAGGUUAGUUCACCUUCUUCUUCUUCUUCAACAUGAGAAACGAACAAGAGAAAACCACCGAAGAUCAAAACCUGUUGACAAACAGAACAGCAACGUCACUGACCUUUGAAGAUCAAUACUUGUUGACAAACAGAACACCAACGUCACUUAUCUGUAAUUAUUUCUGUUACAGAAAGGAUGACGUCACCAAGCACCUGUUCUGUGUCGGCAAUGCCUUUCAUCUGUCGCCACAGUAACGUCCCAGCACAAUAAAAGCUAAAAAGAUCUCUGAGACAGACAGAAGCCAUUCUACUUAUAUUUACAAAAACAGGAAGCACUGUCCCCUUUCAAAAUAAGUCUCCCAAUAACUGCACAGCUUACCAGUAGGACACAGAGCUUCCCUUAGGUUAUGCCGCCUUGCAUCAAAAAAGCUUACACCACUUUAGCAAACUAAACUCAUGAAUUCCUUCAAUGUCAACAAUCUUUCAGAAAUCACACAGUCCCACAAAUCCUUCAAUCCCCGUCUGGACCAAGUACCUUCUCCUCUAAACAACAAACAUGGGAAAAAAAAAUAUUCUCUGCUGACAGUUAGCCACUUUUUCUUGGAGGACCACUUCCGGUAAAUCUGUGGUUUGUCUUAUAGGCAGUUUGAGUGACAAUAAUAUAAUAAUAUCCUGUAGCUGAUGGGGUCCAAGCUGCUUUAUUUCCACAUUUCUCUUGUAGACUCAAGGUUUAAACCUGUGCCACAGUUAAAAAUCUGCCUCGUUCACCUUUAAAGUUAGCCAGCAUUACUAAAGGUGAACGAGGCAGAUUGAGAUUGAUGAUGGAGAAAUCUGUGGAGUUUCAGAACCAGCUGGAAACUCAAAUCCUGUGAGUGAUAACAGGUCAGAAGACUCCUCUGAGACUGAUGAUGAUGAUGAUUGGAAGGAGACCAGAGAGGAUCAGUCAGGAUUAAACUCUGGGAAAUUAAUGAAAAGAAGAGGACAGAAAACUGUAAAGAAAUCUCACAGCUGCUCAGAGUGUGGUAAAAGCUUCAACUGUCAACAGGCUUUGAAAAUACACAUGUUGGUUCACACAGGAGAGAAACCUUUCAGCUGCUCUGACUGCAGUAGAAGAUUUUCUCUUAAACAACAUCUGACCAGACACAUGUUAGUUCAUACAGUGGAAAAACCCUUUGGCUGCUC